UAAUCUUAUGAGAGUCACAUCGGGAUAUUUGAGCAGUUUUUAUCAGAUGUUCUAAGUAUUUUAGUGUAUAACGAGUUUAAUGUAGCGUAAUCUCAUCAGUUACCGAGCCACGAGGACGCGGCGCAGGGCUGAGCUCCCAGCGUCUUCAAGUAUUUCUACCCACAUGCUGCUCCGCCGCUAAAACUCCGCCAGUGUUUGACUCACUCCGUGGCAAGGCAUCCAGGAUUUCCACUUGUCACUCCACGAUACCGACAACUAAGUGCAUCCCCCCUCAGCUAAAAUGUCCAAGUUGGACCAGGUCCUGAUCCUCGACCCUCCCUCCGACCUCAGAUUUAAAGGUCCGUUCACAGAUGUAGUCACCGCUAACCUCAAACUGAAGAACCCAUCUGAUAGACGAGUAUGUUUCAAAGUGAAGACGACGGCGCCUCGCAGGUACUGCGUACGGCCAAACAGCGGCGUCAUCGACCCAGGUGCAGCUGUCAACAUCUCUGUUAUGCUACAACCCUUUGACUACGAUCCCAAUGAAAAAAGUAAACACAAAUUUAUGGUUCAGACGAUUUUCAUCCCAUCAAAUGUUUCUGACAAUGACACCGUGUGGAAAGAUGCAAAGCCCGAAGAUCUCAUGGAUUCCAAGCUGAGAUGCGUCUUCGAGUUGCCCUCUGAAAACGAAGUGAACGACGUGGAAGUGACGCGAGCGGCCCCAGUGAUAAACUCCCUGAAGUCCGAGCCGACGGCUGCAGCUGCCGUGGGAGACGACAUGGAGGUGAAGAAGCUGCUGGAGAAGUGCAAGAGGCUGCAGUCGGACAUAAACAAGCUCAGCGAGGAAAACAGGCAACUGAAGGACGAGGGAAUGAGGAUGAGAAAGAUGCAGCCGCGCCCAGACCACAUGACAUCAAACUCGACCAACAUCGUCGGCCGAGAAACCAGCGCCGCCUUCCUGCCCUCCCUCCUCGUCGUCAUAGCAGCCAUCUUCAUCGGAUUUUUCUUCGGGAAGUUCAUCUUGUAGACUGGUGUCGCGUACGCCGGCCAUAUCCCUUCGCUCCGGCUCCAAAAAGAAAAAAGAAAACAAACGACGGCGAGGCCUGGAAGAGCAAGACGUCUUUCUGUUGACUUUGCCAUAUCAUCGGUUGUGUGGCCUACAGUGAACGCAUCUGUACAGCUUCAUCCAAAGGCGUCGCCUUUUUACAAUGUCGCAAAUUUAUUGAGCCCAGAGAGUUCACUUAAAAAAACAAAAACAAAAUUAAUCCCUUUCUUGUUUUGUUUUUUUCUUCCAGUUUUUGAUUAAUGGGUAUUAAUUUGGUGGGACAAUGGAAAGACGGAUCACGGAAAAACCGCGAAGCAUUGGGAAGAAGCAGUCCAGUUUUUGUUCCUUUCUUUGCUUCUUUCUUUUUUCUCUCUCUUUCUCUGUGUGCUUUUAAUAGGAGUUGAAAGAAAUGCUAGGCGUCUUGUAAAUGUUAUUUUAAAUCCUUCCAAACAAAAACACGGACAGAACUUCCAUUCAAAUGUUGCUGGACUGCCUCUGAAGUAAAUUUGUUUGUAAUUUCUACUUUUUUUUUUUUUGUUUGUUGUUGGAAUGUUCAGAUCCAGCUGAGGAAAUCGGUGCCUCGUUAUGUGCAUUUGUCCUGUCCUUUUCCUCACAAUUCAGAAUUAUUAUUAUAUUAUUAUUAUUAUUAUUAUUAAUAAACAUUAUUCACAUUUAUUCCUUCUGAGGCAAGUAUUGACUGAAAUGAGGUUUCCAUUUUUAAAACUAUCUCCCAUGGUAUUAAUCAUUGACCAAAUAAAAUUGAAAAAAAAUGUGGUUUUCAUA